AGUCCUCAGCCUGCCGUGCACUUAAAUACACACAAAUUUAUAGAUAGACUAUUACAAAGAAUUUCAAAACCCUAGAAGAGUUUGGGUAACACUCAAAACCAGCAAUCAACAUAAUCAGUUGAGGAAAACAUAGAGGGACCACAAAGAAGGGACCCGACUACUUCCAAAGAUCCUGGAAGUGAGGUGAAAAUUUGGUCAGCUGCUUUGUUAGACUGAGCUAUACUGACCAUAUAGCGCUGAAUUCAUUGCCAACAGGUGAAGAACUCAGUUCAGAGAAGUUUUCCCAACACAUUGGAUUUGUAAAUUCCUCUGUGUGAUCUGUACAAAUUUGGACAAGAGGCUGGGCAGUAUUGACAUUUUCUAUAUUGGACCAUGGAUCAGGAGGAUGAUAAAAACUCAGUGGACAUCCAUGACAAUCCUCCAGCCCCUGACAAUGUAGUUAGGGAAGAGGGAGACACUGUCUACUUCAUAUAUGAGGAGGAGGUUGAGGUGGAGGAGAAGGAACCAGAAACUCCUCCAGAACCUGUUAUUCGGGUCAAUGACAAACCUCACAAGUUUAAGGACCACUACUGCAAGAAGCCCAAGUUCUGUGACGUCUGUGCUCGCAUGAUAGUUUUGAACAACAAAUUUUGUCUGAGGUGUAAAAACUGCAAGACCAACAUCCACCAUUCAUGUCAGUCCUAUGUUGAAUUCCAGAGGUGCUUUGGCAAGAUUCCACCUGGCUUUCGAAGGGCCUACAGUUCUCCCCUCUAUGGCAGUGACCAACCAGAUCCAAACAACCCAAACCGGAAUGACCCAGUCUUUGACACCCUGAGGGUUGGGGUCAUCAUGGCAAACAAGGAACGCAAGAAGAAUGAAAAUGACAAGAAAAAUAUGAUGAUGAUGAUGGAAGAAGAAGAGGAGGAGAACCAACAACCCAAAGAAAAUGAGGAGGGAGGAGAAGGGAAACCUGAUGAUAAAAAAGACAAAGGAGGUGACAAGGCAGAUGAUAAGAGUAAGGGUACUUUCACUGGGUCCCACUACUACCUGGCUCUCUACCGCUUCAAGGCUAUUGAGAAAGACGAUCUUGACUUCCACCCUGGUGAUCGGAUCAUUGUACUGGAUGACUCCAAUGAAGAGUGGUGGAGGGGAAAAAUGGGGGAGAAGACAGGAUACUUCCCCACUAACUACAUAAUAAAAGUACGUGCAUCAGAGAGAGUUUACAAGGUGACCCGCUCCUUUGUAGGGAACAGAGAAAUGGGACAAAUUACACUCAAGAAAGACCAGAUUGUGGUGAAGAAAGGAGAUGAGAAAGGGGGCUACUUGAAGGUCAGCACCGGACGCAAAUUGGGCUACUUCCCUGCUGAUCUGUUGCAGGAGAUCACUGUGACAUAAACACCAUGAUAUGCAACAAAAUUGGCUGCAACACACUUAAGAUAUAAGCAAUUGGAUACGUGUUUGUUUGACAAAUUAAUUAGAUUUUUUUAAUUACAUGCAUUGCCUGAGGAAAAUCUAGUAUUGUUGGUCUUGUGUCUGCACAGAAAAUGUUUGCUGUGUAGUUUUUGACACAGAGAUAAUGUUGAAAAAGUCUUUUAUGUUUAAUUUCAUAUCUAGGCUAUAAUAAUAACUUGGUAAGUGUUCUUUCUUGUAAUUAGCAUAGCAAUAAAAAUGGUCUAAUACUUCAAGUACUACUUGCUGAUUUUAGUUUGGAUAGAUCUGGAGGGCAGAUGAAGAAAACAUGGAGCCUAUUCAAUCAUCAUUAAGUCACUUAGUUUACUAAUAAAAGCUCAAAUAUGAUACUAAACAAACAUACCUUUAUAUUAUUUCCUGCAAAAGAAGAGGACAUGUUAAUUCUCAUAGCAGAUCAACCAUUAAUGUUCUAGCUGUAUUACUGAAAACUUUGACUUGAUGCUUAGUAAAAUAAACAAGGAGAAUCAGCAUUUAGUUUUUAUCUGGAAUAUUUGGAAUGAACUACUGGAAAACUCUGCCCCAAACCAAACUUUAAAUCAGUCCUAGAAACUCUUUUAUUUGCCAGUGCUUUUCAUUUAGAAAGUAUUUCUUUUUUCUAUAUUUUCUCGCACGUGUACGUUGAUAGUGAUGGUGAUGAUUUAUACUCCAUCAAUGUCUGUUAUUAUCAUAUGUAACCUACUAUAUGUAUUCUGUUUCUAUUUAUUUGUUUUAGUUUUUAAUUAUCUUUUAUUGUACUUUUUAAUGUUUCUUUUGCACCUUGCUUUUAAUGUAAUGCUAUUGAUGUUUUAUGUAGAACACUGAGUUGUCUUAAAUGUGCUACACAAAUAAACCUGCCUCGAGUUGCCUGAAUCUAAAAUCAUACAUGGUAUUGACUAUAAAUUAAAAUAAUAUAUUCUGACAAUA